AUGGCCCUGCAGGAGCUCGGCUUCGGUCUGGCCAUGGUGGGCGUCGCCGCCACCAUCCUGAUCUGCGCCCUGCCAAUGUGGAAGGUGACAGCCUUCAUCGGGACACACCUGGUGGUCAUGCAGGUGUUCUGGGAGGGUCUGUGGAUGACGUGCGUCAGCGAGUACACAGGCCAGAUGCAGUGCAAGCUCUACGACGCGCUCCUGGACCUGUCGCCGGACCUGCAGGCGGCCCGCGGCCUGGUCUGCAUCAGCCUGGUCCUGGGUUGUCUGGGCUUCCUCGUCUUCCUGCUGGGGGCGCGCUGCACCAACUGCCUGGGUCACCCGCAAGUCAAGACCCGGGUGGUGCUGGCCUCUGGGGUCAUCUUCUGCCUGUCAGCCCUCACCACUAUCGUGCCUGUGGCCUGGACCGCCCACACCAUCAUCAUGGACUUCUACAACCCAAGAGUGCCCGAGGUUCUGAAGCGAGAGCUGGGAGCCGCUAUCUACAUCGGCUUCAUCACGUCCGGUCUGCUCUUCUGCGGAGGCGGGAUUCUGUGCCUGAGCUGUCCCUCACAGAGGUCUGGGACUCCCUCCGGUGGGUACAGGCGUGCGCGGACCCCCGUCAGCAGCAGCUACGCCUUCAAGAACUAUGUGUGA